CCUGUCGCUGAGCCCACCCACUUCCAAUCUACCGCCCGCCUGCUCUCCCCUCGCCAACCCCGCCGCGGCGGAGCGCUAAACCCUAGGCGGCGUCGUCGUCGGCGGAGGCGGAGGAGGAGCCGCGAUGUCGCACUUCGGGAGGUCGGGGCCGCCGGACAUCCGCGACACCUUCUCGCUCCUCGUCCUCAACAUCAGCUUCCGCACCACGGCUGACGACCUCUUCCCGCUCUUCGAGCGCUACGGCAAGGUCGUCGACGUCUUCAUCCCGAGGGACCGGAGGACCGGGGACUCGAGGGGUUUCGCGUUCGUGCGGUACAAGUACGCCGACGAGGCGCAGAAGGCUAUAGAUCGCCUUGACGGGCGGAAUGUGGAUGGGAGGAACAUCAUGGUGCAGUUUGCCAAGUACGGCCCCAAUGCUGAGCCAAUCCGUAAAGGAAGGGUCAAAGAGGCUGUGGAGAAAUCACAAGACAGGUCAAGAAGCCGUAGUCCAAGGCCAAGGCACAGAGACAGAGAUCAUAGGAGGCGAAGUCGCAGCAGGAGCAGAGAAAGGCAUGGCCGUGAUAGAGACAGGGACUAUCGUCGCCAGAGCCGAAGCAGAAGCAGAAGCAGAAGCCCGAGUUCAAGUCCUGACCUCAAAAGUCGUCGUAGAGCAAGAGAUGAUUGUAAGCGCCAGAGCAGGAGCAAGAGUAGGAGCAGAAGCAGAAGCAGAAGCAGGAGUAGAAGCCGCUCAUACCAUAGUGGUUCACCUGCUCGACGCAGUGCUAGCCCUCGCAAGAGCCCACCACCACGGAGGAGCCCCACUCCUGAAAAGCACACCAAUGGAAAAGAUUCACCUCCGUCACGCAGUGUUUCUCCAUCACCCAAGCGUGCAGGCUCCCGUAGCCCACGCAGUGUUUCUCCAUCACCAAAGCGUGCAGGCUCCCGUAGCCCACGCAGUGUUUCUCCAUCACCAAAGCGUGCAGGCUCCCAUAGCCCAGGCAGAGACAGCAAGGAGUAAAGCUUGUUGAUCUGGUGAUGCCUAAGAACAAUCUUCCAUGGGAUUGCAGAAGGUUGACUGAGCACAAUGGAAGCAGCACUGAACUGCUAUUCAAGGUUGCUAGUUGUCCUUAAUGGUUUUUAGAAUUGUGUUUUCCAGUUGUCAAAAUUAUGCUGUUGGAUUGUAUUUUGAUCCCUAUUUUUCUUCAUGCCCAUCUACUUUAUAUGCAUUAAACUUCUUCAUACCAUCAUAUUAACUUGUUAAAACAUUUGUGCAUUUUCUAGUUAUCUGUUCGUGAGAUGGGUUGCUGUUUACUGGUAGAAUGAUAUUGCACGGGAUCGACUGUGGUGGAUGUUCUAGCUGUUAAGUCUUUAUCAUUGGUGUCGAUGUUCGUGAUGGUGCAGCUGAUGAUACGGUGAUGCUGAUGCUGCUGACCGUGAUGAUCUUGAUGCAGUCUCUUUAAUUUUGUUCAAAAGAUUUUGAGUCAACGAAACUCCAGAUGGAUCUCAUGAUUGGUAACACUUUAGCUGCACAAUGUUGCCAUACUAGUUAUGUUGGUUCUUAUCUAGUUCAACUUUUCCCUCCUUUGGCAAAUGCCUGCCUGCAGUUCCUAGUUGGAACAUGGUGUUGAGUGGCAGGAUGUGCAGGUGUACUCAGUGAUACUUUGAGUGGCAGGAUGUGCAGGUGUACUCAGUGAUACUUUGAGUGGCAGGAUGUGCAGGUGUACUCAGUGAUACUUUGAGUGGCAGGAUGUGCAGGUGUACUCAGUGAUACUUUGAGUGGCAAGAUGUGCAGGUGUAGUCGGUGAUAAUUGCCAAUGAUACACAUACACUGCUAAUAUUCUCUGUGCAGUAAUGGAGGUGGUGUCGGUUGAGUAGCAUGAGUCAUGUUGAACAAAUUGUUGGUGGUUGGCCCUGGUGCUCGCCUAGUUUGAUCGCUUCUAUUCAUUCU